ACCGGGAAUGAGAUCAAGCAUUGUGAGAAAGCCGUUAAGUCUAACGGCGACACUACUCCGCCGUUACCGUUUCUCAAGUCCGCCGUCGUUUCCAUCUUCGCGCUUCUCUUCCUCUUCAGCUCCGAUAGGCUCCGCCGCUGCGGACAGCUCGGCGGCGACUCAGUGCAGCGGGUUGACUCGUUUGGCGUCGCUGGUGGAGGGCUGCGACUACGAGCACUGGCUCGUGGUUAUGGAACCUCCUAAGGGCUACCCUCUUCGUGAUGAGAUCAUCAAUGGCUACAUCCAAACCCUAGCCACGGCCCUCGGAAGUGCAGAGAAGGCAAAGAAGUCAAUUUACUCUGUUUCUACAAAGUACUACUACGCAUUUGGCUGCAAAGUCCCAGAGAAAUUGACUUUUAAGAUCAAAUCUCUGCCCAAUGUGAAAUGGGUUCUACCAGAUUCUUACUUGUGUCAUGGUGAAAAUGACUAUGGAGGAGAACCUUUGGUUGAUGGUGGGGUUGUUCCAUAUGAUGAAAAAUAUCAUGCAGACUGGGUGUGUGAGGAAAAUGACAGAACAGUUAAGUCUUGAUCACACUUAAGCCCCCGAAUUUUUACCCUCGACUAGUUAGUUUCGAUCUGGAUGCUCAAGUGUUUCACCUCCUGGAGAUUUAAGCAGUAAGACGUUACAAUGAGAAACUUUUUUGGUAAUAUAUGAAGAGAUGUAGCUAUAUACAGCAUUGCAGAUAUAGACUUGUUUUAGAAACUUAAUUGUAUCUUUGGCUCCAACCAUGGAGUUUUUUAUAUUUACAUUAUCACAUGGUUUUAUCUUCAAGCUAAACCUAGUUUUUGCCUU